AAUCUCCCCUUUCCAACAAAUCCAUGGCCGACCACAGCUCACCAGAUUAUAGGGAGCUUUACCUCAAUGCAGAGGAGGGGCGGAAGCAGGCGGAAGAACGCGAGAAGCACGAAGCAGAAAGAAGACGACGAGCAGAAGAGCGCAACCGACAAACGUCUUUCACAGAGCUUCUGCACCGUUGCCACGAUCUCCUCUCCCGUCAAUUGAGGGUGGAGACACCAUCGCGCUCGACCUCCGGCAAGAUACCCAUUCCCACGGGGAAGUACUGCCCAACACGACUGGAACAUUGGGUCGACUGUCCAGAGCAGCUGCUGAGUGUCUACAGCUCUGUCUGCCAAUAUUUGCAGUCGGACUCGGGGCACGCGCUACGUUUAUUUUCUUCAUUGCCGGAGUUAGAAGGUCUAAGCCGUCGAUUUGCCCGCAAGCCCCUCAGCAGUGAGCAAGAUCUCGAGGCCUACGAGCGGUUUGGGGUGGAAGAGCACGUUCACGACAUAAUAGCCGAGCUAUGCAAACUACCGGCGGCACGUGACGAGUUCCGCCUUGGUGAUGGAAUUCAGUUCAGCAAUCACGCAAAUGCUCUAAGCAGGAGCGAAGCCUGUGAAGCCGACACAAGUCAGCCGUCAAGCAUACCACAUCCACGUCCAGAUCAAUUUUGCAUUCACCGUGUCAAUGGCAACCCGGACACCCUCCUGACGACCGUGGAGUACAAGCCGCCUCACAAACUGCCCGUUGCAACUCUCCGCGUGGGAUUACGACCAAUGGAUUUGUGGAAGAAAAUGGUCCGGUCAAACAAAAUACCCACCGACCAGGAUGCGAAGGUGCAGUACAAUGCAGAGCGGCUUGUCUGUUCUGCUAUUGUCCAAGAAUACCAUGUGAUGGUUCAAGAAGGGAUCGAGUAUUCCUACCUGACAAAUGGGAUCGCCCGUGUCUUCCUUCGCAUCCCACAAGAUGAACCGAGCACGCUUUAUUACUUUCUCUGUGAUCCUCACAGCGAAUUGGAUACAGCAGCCGAUCCAUUUUCCCAGCUUUCGAAGACCUCUGUUGCAAGGGUGCUUUGUUUAUGUUUGAUGGCAUUCCGGUCACCCGCUCGUGAUCAAGAGUGGAGGAAUCGCGCCCGACUCGAUCUUCAUACGUGGAAAACAAGCUUUGAGCACACGCGUUCGCAGAUCCCAAACGAUGAACUGCAGCAGAUUCCUCACUCCGAUAGCACGGGUCCUGAGUUCCCAAGUCCAGAGUCUGGUUCGUCCUAUGCACCGCCCCCUUCGUCCCCGCUGCCGUCUCCAACGGAGGGCCGCAAAGUGUCUACACGAUCUAAAACCAGCUGUGCGCGUUCGGAGAUUCGACAGCGCUCGCGAUCUCCUAACUCAUCCGGGUCUGAUGCGAAUCAAACAGCUGGGCAAAAGCGGAGGAUCAGCCGAGUUGCGUCUUCACCGUCCGGUCGGCAAACUUCUCGGCAGCAAGAGUCAGGGCAUGACCAAGGAGAUCAAUCCCGCCGCCGUGCUUUACAUUUCUGCACGCAACGAUGUUUACUCGGCUUGCAGACUGGGGGUUGCCUGGACGAGCUGUGCCCAAACGUGGAACAACAUCGCGGCGGACGAGAAGACCGGAAUCGGCAUCUCAUCUCAACAGAAGAUUUGGUGCUUUCGCUGAAGAGUCAAUUGGACGAAGUUAUCGAUCGUUGUAUUCCGCUUGGCGGCUGUGGCGACUACGGGGCCCCGUUUAAACUGACUUGCACGACGUAUGGUUAUACAGUUGUCGGUAAAGGCACCACGUCGGGGUUUUGGAACGAAGUCUCUCGCGAAGUGCAGGCAUAUCAGAUUCUGCGCAAGGCUCAAGGAUCUGCUGUGCCCGUCUUCUUGGGGACGAUGGACUUGGCAAAAAUUUACUUCCUUCAUGGCGCCGGACCAAUUCGUCAUAUGCUCGUGAUGGGCUGGGGAGGUGAAAGCACCGCGACGAUGCAGAUGACGCCCCAGCUUCGCCGCGAGAUGCAUAGAUCGAUCAAGGAAAUCAGAGCUCUCGGGAUAAGACAUGGAGACCUCAAGCGAGACAACGUUCUUUGGAGUGAAGAGCUAAAGCGUGCUCUGGUGAUCGACUUCCACCGUUCUACUUUAAUAUCCCGAUUCACUAAAAAGCGACCGAGGGUCCCGAAACGAGGACUAACUCAACUGGAGACGGAGAAUACAAAGCGUCUUCGGGUUUCCUCAGAAGAACCGCUACACUCUGUCUGUUAGUGAUCUCAUUCUUGAUACUCCUUUGACCCUUGCUGUUGUGUGGGGCGAGCUAACAUACUUUUUGCCUGAUACCACAGUAGUUCGACUAGGUGAGGAUUAGGGCCGCAUCCGCCACACU